CGCUCGUGAUUUUGUCUUUCAGCUGAAGUGGAGGGAUUGCAAGUGACUGUGCCUGAGAAGAAGAAGGUGGCAAUGUUGUUUCAGCCUGCUCUCCUUCGCUGCCAUUUCUCUACUUCUUCCACCCAACCAGCUGUGGUACAGUGGAGGUUUAAAUCUUACUGCCAGGACAGGGUGGGAGAAGCUUUGGGUAUGGCAACUUCUGGCUUACAAACGAUGAGCAAGAGGAACCUGGACUGGGAUCCAUACCUAGACUGUGUGGACAGCCGGAGGACAGUCCGCGUUGUGGCUUCCAAACAAGGAUCUGCUGUCACGAUAGGGGAUUUCUACAAGGAAAGAGAUGUCAGCAUUGUCCACGAUGCAGACCUUCAGAUUGGGAAGCUGAUGUGGGGAGACAGUGGGCUCUAUUACUGCCUUAUUAUCACACCUGAUGACGUGGAGGGCAAGAAUGAAGAGUCCGUGGAACUACUUGUACUUGGCAGGACAGGGCUGCUUGCUGAUCUCUUGCCCAGUUUUGCUGUGGAGAUUAUGCCAGAAUGGGUCUUUGUGGGCCUGGUGAUCCUUGGGGCGUUCCUGUUCUUCCUCCUGGUUGGGAUCUGCUGGUGCCAGUGCUGCCCACACAGCUGCUGCUGCUACGUCCGCCUUCCCUGCUGCCCCGAGUCCUGCUGCUGUCCCCGGGCGCUGUACGAAGCAGGCAAGGCCGCGAAAGCUGGAUACCCUCCUGUGGUCUCCUCCAUGCCAGGUCCCUAUUACAUCCCCACUGUUCCUGUUGCUGGUGUACCCUCUCCUGCUGUGCUGAGGGAUAAGUCGCACCCCCCUCCCUUGGCCCCGAGUGAGACCAGCGGAGGAAGCCAAAAUGCAGUGCGCAAAGGAUACAGAAUCCAGACUGACAAGGAAAGGGACUCCAUGAAGGUGCUAUACUAUGUUGAGAAAGAACUUGCUCAGUUUGAUCCAGCUAGGAGGAUGCGAGAACGAUAUAACAACACCAUCUCUGAACUCAGCUCUUUGCAUGAGGAGGACUUGAACUUCCGGCAGCCUUACCGUCAAGUGCGAAGGAAACCGCUUCCUCCUUCAGGGGACCUGGAUGGGGAUGCUGAAUACUGGGCAGGAGUGAUUGGUGGGGGCAGCACAUCAAGGUCACAGGCUGUCCCUGAUUACAGAGAUGAGAGGGACAGUUACCGGCACAGCCAGCAGAGAUCCAAGUCUGAGAUGUUGUCUCGUAAGAGUUUCUCUGUAGGAGUGCCUGCCGUCUCCAUGGACGAGCUGGCAGCCUUUGCAGAGUCCUACAGCCAGCGGACCCGUCGAGCGGACAGCCAGGACACUCGGCGCUUUGAGCGGUCGGAGUCACACGGCGGCCGAAGCGGAGGGCUGCCCCACCAGGACAGCUCCAUGGAAGAGUACUACACCAAGCGUAGCAGAGGGAACCGAGAGCCAUUGACAGACUCGGAUCGGGGCUGGUCAUAUAGCCCACCCCGGAGACGGGCCCAUGAGGAAAAGCAUCUACCCAGGCUGGUGAGCCGGACACCUGGAGGGAGCCAGAAGUAUGAUCACUCCUACCUCAGCAGUGUCUUGGAGAGGAAGUCCCGGAGCUACGAUGAGAGCGGUGACCAUUGUGAAACCCCCUCAAAGCUGAGCUCGCAACCCAGCCAGAGAGGAGGGGGAACCUAUUAUGCCUGGUCACCACCCUCUACCUACAAAUCCGACCAGUCACAACAACAGUCGCAGCGGUCAGCAUCGCCGCCUCAGCAGGAGGAAGAAGAGGACACCCUGCCCCCAUACAGUGAGAGAGAGCUGAGCCGAGGCCCUUCGUACAGGGCCAGGGAACAGGCUUACCUCAAUGCCUCCGACAAGAAGAGGAAGAAGGACCCCAAGAAAACAAACGAUUUCCCCACAAGGAUGUCCCUUGUAGUUUGAAGUUGUUGCGGACAUAUGUUGAUGGGCUGCAUACCAUACGGUGACUGCGAUGGAAAAGAUACAGAUCUACAAGCAAAACAGGCCCCUGUGAACCUUCACAGCCACCAGCCAUAGACUUUUGUUUCAAUUGUUUGUUUCAUCAGAGGAGCAGAGGAUUUUGUGAGAGACAGACUCCUAUCAACAGCACUCAAUCACAAAGACUCUGGGAGUCUGCCAGGAAAAGGAGGCCAGGGCUCUCUUUGGCACCCUGCUUCUCAGUACCCGCUACUCUGUGCUGGAAGGCAGCCAUGUCCAUGCUAUUCCCACAUCCC